AUGGGGUCCGAGACUUUUGCACAGUUGACCAAGGCUGGCGGAGCUGCCUACAAAUCCGUCACACAGAAAUGGCAGGAAAGAAAGAACCGCCAAUCGACAGCAGUUGCAGACGAGCAGCUGGCAGCAGCCGUUCGCGAGAAGAAUGAUGACCUCCAGCGGAUUGCAGCGAAAGUCGCGGGUGAUUCAGCUGCCGAGAUGACACCGCUAGUCUGCCAACCUCAAGCGACCUACAGCGCGGUAUUCCUGAUAACCACUCCAAUUGCUUAUGGAAAAUUCGAACUUUCCAGAAGAUCGUAUGAACUUCUGGGCAAGCAUGUCGGUAUGAGCAUGAACAGUGUUAGCCAUUGGGCGGUGUGCGUCAUCAAUCGCGGGCUUGGGGUCAGUUAUACGUAUGACUUGAUGAGCGACCAGUUGGAGCUCGCGAUGCUGGGAAAAAACUAUUUUCGGGUGUAUGAAGUCACAGACGACUUCAUUGCGUCGUGGAGUUCUUGUUAUUACGUCGGCGAGACUACAAAGAAACAUGAGGAGAUUCAAGAACAUGGUCAGGCUUUCAUAGCCGCAAACCAACGCUACAAGGUGACCUCAAACAACUGUCAGCACCUUGCUGGGGCUAUGGUCCAAGAUCUUUGCAAUGGCAAAGUCAUCAGCCAGGCGAAGUUGGACGAAGAACUGCGCCUUGUUUCACCAAAGAUGGCGCGAGAUCUGAUGGUAGCAAAAUUAAGGUCCAGGUUCGAGGUGGAAGACCAGAAAGAGGAUAGCGACUCUGUGAAGCAUGAUGUUGACUCCAUUAAAGAGUUGUGGAGCAGAAUCAAACACAGGCCAAGUCAGGUUGACUCUAGUCUCGAGCCUUCGCCGCCGCCAUUACCCCCUCGCACCGCUUCCGGAUCUAGAUGA